CACAUUAUUCUCCAUUAAUUUUCUCAAAGUUUUCAUCUCAAUUUACAUAUGAAACAAAACCCAGAUUUCCCUUCACAUUGUUAAGAAGAAACAGUGGGAAAGAUUCUUUUUUAUGCCCUUUUCCCCUCUCUCUUUUGUGAAACAGAAAGCAGAGAUGGCUCAAAUCUCACCCAAGCUGUUAAUUCCAGAGUCAUUUCAAGUGUCUCGAGACGACAUAAUGGGGCAAUUCAGUUUAAUAUGGGAACUCAUCAAAACGCCAUUGAUAGUCCCAUUACUGAACCUCUGCGUCUACGUUUGUCUAGCUAUGUCGCUCAUGCUCUUCAUGGAGCGUGUUUACAUGGGUAUCGUCAUCAUCCUCGUCAAGCUCUUCUGGAAAAAACCAGAGGAACGUUACAGAUACGAGCCCAUCCAAGACGACGAGGAACUCGGCAGCUCGAAUUUCCCCGUCGUCUUGGUCCAAAUCCCAAUGUUCAAUGAAAAAGAGGUUUACAAAAUCUCGAUUGGAGCUGCCUGUGGACUUUCAUGGCCGGCGGAUCGUCUCGUCAUACAAGUGCUCGAUGAUUCGACUGACCCUGCAAUCAAGAUGCUGGUGGAGCAAGAAUGUCAAAGAUGGGCGAGCAAAGGGAUAAACGUGACAUAUCAAAUAAGGGAGAACAGGACAGGUUACAAAGCGGGAGCAUUGAAAGAAGGGUUGAAGAGGAGCUACGUGAAACACUGUGAGUAUGUGGCCAUUAUCGAUGCUGAUUUCAGACCGGACCCUGAUUUUCUCCGACGGAGCAUACCGUUUUUGGUCCAUAACCCCGACGUUGCUCUCGUUCAAGCUCGUUGGAGAUUUGUGAACGCUGAUGAAUGCUUGUUGACAAGAAUGCAAGAGAUGUCAUUGGAUUACCAUUUCACAGUGGAACAAGAAGUUGGAUCAGCCACUCAUGCCUUCUUCGGUUUUAACGGAACUGCUGGUAUAUGGAGAAUUGCCGCCAUUAACGAAGCAGGUGGAUGGAAGGAUAGAACCACAGUCGAGGACAUGGACCUCGCCGUUCGAGCUAGUCUUCGAGGAUGGAAAUUUGUCUACCUCGGUGAUCUUCAGGUAAAAAGUGAACUUCCGAGUACUUUCAAGGCCUUCCGUUUCCAGCAACAUAGAUGGUCCUGUGGUCCUGCAAAUCUGUUCAGGAAAAUGGUGUGGGAGAUCAUUCAAAACAAGAAAGUGAAAUUCUGGAAGAAAGUAUAUGUCAUUUACAGUUUCUUCUUCGUCCGGAAGAUCAUUGCUCAUAUGGUCACCUUUUCCUUCUACUGCGUUGUCCUUCCCCUUACGAUUCUGGUUCCCGAAGUUAAAGUUCCGAUAUGGGGUGCCGUUUAUAUUCCUUCGGUGAUCACAGUCCUAAACUCCGUAGGAACUCCGAGAUCUAUCCACUUACUGUUUUACUGGAUUCUGUUUGAGAACGUGAUGUCGUUGCACCGGACAAAAGCAACGUUGAUCGGUCUGUUGGAGGCAGGCAGAGCCAAUGAGUGGGUCGUCACCGAAAAACUCGGAGAUGCAGUCAAGAAAGCUGCAGAGGCUGCUAAGAGCAAGACUAAUGCUAAAGCUCACAGAAGAUUUAGAUUCAAAUUUACUGAUAGAUUGAAUACAUUGGAGUUGGGAUUUGCAGCAUUCCUUUUCCUAUGCGGGUGCUAUGAUUUCGUCCACGGGAAGAACAACUACUUCGUGUACCUAUUCCUCCAAACGAUUACCUUCUUCAUUACAGGAAUUGGUUAUGUCGGCACCAUCAUUUAAUGAAAAAUCUGCUCCAAUCAAUCAUUUUGUCAGCCUUUGUUGUCGGUGU